CGUCGGAGAGUUUCGCCUGGUUGUCAUUCCCCUAAGGAAAAAAAAAGAGGGUGUGAGCAAAAUCUACCUGGCUACCGUCACCUGGCACCGACCGUGUACAUGUUGGUUGUCGAUCUUCAAUUGUACGAAGACGUGCAACGCUGGCUUCGCUCAGGAGUAAGACGGAGAAGGCUUUACAGGAUGCCAAAAAGAUCCUGACUCGCGGCACCAGGAUGAGCGUGACGUCGUGGUUUCUCAUCAGCAGCUCGGGCACGCGCCACCGGUUGCCACGGGAGAUGAUCUUUGUUGGUCGGGACGACUGCGAGCUCAUGCUGCAGUCUCGAAGUGUGGACAAACAGCACGCUGUGAUCAACUACGACCCAAACGCAGAUGAGCACAUGGUGAAGGAUCUGGGUAGCUUGAACGGGACGUUCGUGAAUGACCUUAGAAUUCCGGACCAGACGUACAUCACCCUCAAGCUUUCCGAUGUCAUUCGCUUUGGUUAUGAUGCUCACGUAUAUAUCUUGGAGAAGAGUCAACACAAGGUGCCAGAGGAGGCUCUUAAGCAUGAGAAGUACACCAGCCAGUUGCAGCUCGGUCUCAAAGCCCUCGAGGCCCGCGUGAAGGACAAGCAGCACGUUCGCAGCCCGGAGAAGAGCAAAGAGGCUGUUUCCAAUGUCAAGCUACCUCAGAAGAGCGAACGUAAAGCGCUUUCGCUUACAGUUUCUACAGAUAAACCGAUCUCCAAGCCAACUCCUCUUUAUGGCCAACCAUCCUGGUGGGGAGAGGAUGAGGAUCCAGCCACUAAAAUCCACAACCGAAGCGGAAAAGCCACCGACCUUCAGACUUCAGAAUCUGUCCAAGAAGUUUCCAGAUAUGCGCUCGGCGGUUCUUUGUCUGAGAAACAGGCGAAGUCCAUCUUCUCCUACCGCCAGGAGCCCAGUUACUUCGAGAUUCCCAGAAAAGAGUUCCAGCAGCGGCUUUCCAAGAAACCAGAGUUGCAACUUCAGGAGGUUCCAACAAAGGACACUCAAGAUCCCUCUGACCAUGUCCCAUCCACCCCCACUCCUCCCGUGGUCCAAAGCCACGCCUCUUUCACUAUCGAAUUUGAUGAAUGCACCCCAGGCAAAAUGAAGAUCAAGGACCAUGUCACAAAGUUCUCCUUCCGUCAGCAGCGGAAGCCUCCUGCCACUGAGGCUGUGACCACACCCACCGAGGUGAUGUCACCUGAAUGUAAGGUUGCUGACUGGCUGGUUCAAAGCACCGCUAACAUGACGAGGAGAAGGUCACAGGGUGAAAACAUCUUCAGCGACAUUAAUGAUCCGUCGCUUCUGAUGAAGACCAAGGCAAACCACUAUGAAAAUGUCGCUGACAUUGGUUUGGAAGAUCUCACGAUCAAUGAACAAAGUUUGCUGCAGUCACAAACUCCAACCGGCUACCCCCAGAGUUCACCUCGGCCACAGAGAGCCUCCCCCCCUCAGCGCUUCACUGACUCAGAGCAGCCAUCCUCCUACUCUCCUCCGCAGUCUCAAUCCGGCACUGGCAAGGCCGAUCCUCACCGAGCAUUUGUCAUAGAAUUUUAUGACGGACAUUCCGAUGAUAACCCCCGAAGGAAACGUUCCCAGACCCCCCCGUCGGAACCUUCAAAUCUCAGGAACCAGCUUGAAAAGGCCAGAAAAAGCACAAGUCCGGCUGGUGAGAAGCAAGUCUGUCGCACUCCCCCAUCCCAACGGUACACGAUUCCCCUCAAAGGGCCCGCUUCCACUGAUUCUCCGAGACCUGGCUCCCUACGACGGGAAAAAACGGAAGAACGACUUUGCACCGGUUUUUCAUCACGGUCAUCAUCCGCCAUUUCCGGAAGGCCUUUUAGCAGUGUGGGCCGAAGAUCCAAACUGGCAAAGGAAUUUAAAGCGGAAUGGCUCAAACAGACACAGCAGACGUCUUCUUCCAGCGAGGACAUAAAAACAUUUAGUCUACCGACAAAACCUGAAACUGAAACAUCAGAAGUCUCACUGCCUGACCAGACCCUCACCAGCCCUGAUGGGGUCGAUCCUUCCCUUCUACCCAAGACAUCCUCUCCGAUCCACCAACCAGUUCCCCUCGAGGUGCCGAAGAUGCCGCUCGUGUGUCAGAACGGAGAUGCCAAGGUGACCCACGGCGGCCCGAGAAAUGUAGAAGAGGACACUUUGAGUGAUGCGGGAACCUACACCAUUGAGGCAGAUGACCCGGAUAAGGAGCUCGAAGAGGCCCGCAACAAGAUUGAAAAGGUGUUUGGUGUUGUUGAGAAUCCAGAGGGAACCAAUCACAGUGAAGCAGAUACAUCAGCAACAUUUAGGCCUCUUAUUGUUGAGGGCAGGGAGCUGCAUAGGCAGAGUAACAGUGAGAAGGUUGAGACGGCAGGUGCAUUGAUACAGGGGGCUCCGAAAUGGAUGUCUUGCUGGGCGAGCUUGGUCGACGUGGAGACUGGCCCUUCGUCUGGGCACUUUGAGAGGUCGUCCCGGAUGGAGCUGUCGGGAGGCGACGUUAACAAUUGUUUGUCUGUAGCAAGGACCGCAAUCGCGAGCAAACUCGUCCAAAAUAACGACUUCGGCUCCGAAGACUCGAGAGCCCGACGUAUCGUGGCGGAGAAGAGUGAUGUUCCAGUUCCCAGCAUUCAAAUCCAACAUGAUCCACAUUUAACAUUUAAUGUGGAGGAAAGCAGCUUAGUGGCCACAAGCUCUCACGAUGGCGUUCAGAGAUUGUCAGUGCAGGAUGACGUGGAGCCCGAUAGCCUGAGUGAUGCCAGCAAGUCUGACGACGGUUCCGUCGUAGAACAGCGGAGGAGGCCGCCGUCAAUCACAGAAAAGACAACAAAUGAGGACGAGGUCAGACAGUCUGAUAAAUCAAAAACGUUCUACAGCGAGUUAGAGGACGACACCCCCGAAACAGAAUACGGAGCCUCACAACUCCCAGACGACACUCUUGAAAAAACUGAGAAAAAACGGUCAACCAAAACCUUUUCAACAGCUACUUUGACCAAGCGUAGAGGGAGCCAGGAGUCAGGCAAAGCCCGGCCCCCCAUGUCUGCUUCGAUUCUGGUCCAAGACACACCGAGCUCCGAGUCCACCUCGGCGUCCUCCUUUGUCAGACAAGAGAGCUUCACCAAGGAGGAGCCGAGCAGUGCCAGGCUGCCCAACAUCUCUUCUCUCGGAGACCCCGAGCCUGACUUAUUCCAGCGAACCUGCAGCCAGGACACCCAUUCUUACCUCAAGGAGACUGAGGAUGUCCUGGCUGUUCUGGAGGCCAAGAUCCAAGCGGGCCAGUCUGAAACCACCCCAUCUCCCAUUCCAGACUCCCUCUCAGGGGAGUCUGAUGUGGAUUCCUCAAGUACGCUCAGCCAGCAGAGCAAUAGACUCAGGAGCAACCCGCUGACUAAAAAACCUCCGCUGAGUGGUCUCCAAAGGGAGACCUCGUCACCUAGUUUAUCUAGUCACUACUCAACCCAUCGACUAGAAAAGAGCGAGCCCCUCAGGGGACCAACCGGACUAAGGCGUAGUAUUGGCAAAUCUGGAUCUGUGGACUUGAGUGAUGACCUUCAGAGCUCCAACGUUAAGAGUUCAAGGGUGACGCAAAAUUCUAGCCGCGUCAAUAGCUUUUCAGCACCGAGACCCACCCGGGCAUCGAUGCUCCGGCGAGCACGCCUCGGUGAAGCCUCUGACAACGAGACCACAGAGACAGACCGACUCUCCAAGGAGGCGGCUAAUGUCCCCACGAAGGAAACCAAAAAACUCUCCAGGUGGGAUAUGCUGGCCAUGCCUCGCCGGCGGACAAGCUCCUUCCACACACCCAGUGACACGGAGAACUCCUCCGCCCCGCAGUGGGCGGGAAAGAGCACAGCGCUCCCAAGCCGUAGUACAGAGUCUGGCAGCAUCUCCGGUUACAAGGCAUCGUCUCUCGGGCCAAAACCUGGCGAAAAGCCACUGAAAACCUCCCUCGCAAAAACACUCAUCACUCGCGGACGCUCCAGCAGUGCCAAAUAUGCCAGCAGCACAGCAAGCUCCCGGAGACGACAGAAAGGUUGUGGCUAUACCUCCACGUCAGAUGAGGAGUACGACUCCAAUCAAAACACUCCUAAACACAAACGCUCCCAACCUUCCUCAGCCUCCCAAAGUCCGCACCGCAUUGCUCGGUCCCGCCCGAUGCCCCUGCUGCGCCCCAACCCAUGUAACAAGGAUUCUGAGGAGAACCAGGAUGGGGAGAGCUUGAGCAACUGGUCCACCCACAGUGCCGAGAUUGCACGCUUGAGUCAAGACCUUGCCAAAGAUCUUGCCAUCUUGGCCCGAGAGAUUCAUGACGUUACAGGAGAAGGUGGCCCGCCGAAUUUGACGGCGGAGAGAAGCGCACCCGUUUCUGCAGUGACGGCUCAUGAAAAGCUUGUUCAGCGUAUACCAGAGAUGGGGUUGAACUAUCAGAGAGUCCCGCCAAGUUCUUCUUCAACAGCAGAAUCUUCCCUUCCCUCAAGUGACCCGGAUCUGAACUCCACUCUGCAACCUCACAGCAGAGAGGAGGUCACUGUGGAGGAUCCCAUGCUGAACCCGGUGUUGCAGGUCAUCAUGGCCAUCAGGGAGAACACGGAGCAGCUUUCUGAGAAGAUCAAGGCGCUCUUUUAUGACAGGAUGGAUCUCUGGGAACAAAUAGAGGCUGAAGUUAAUACGGACAGUGAUGGACUUGUUGUCAAAGCAUCCAACAAGGAUAUUACAUCUAUUUUGAAAGAACUAAGGAGAGUCCAAAGACAAGUUGAGAUCAUCAAUACGGUCAUGGGGCCCAGUUGGCAGCCAGACGCUCGGUCCUCUGAGCCCGAGGUCACCUCCUCACUCGCGGGUCGCGUUUCCAGAGCCGCAGCCUCACGGGACUGGCGUACGGUCCACUCCGUCUCCAAGCGAGGUGGCGGUCAGAGGCCCGGGGAGAGCGUGCGGAGGGCCGCCGUGACGCCAGAAGAUCUCCGAGAGGGACGCUUGGUUUGACGUCGGGGGGGCCCCUCGGCCUGAACGUCACGAACGCAGGUGUCGACUCGGAAGGUGGGAAGCGAGAUUGAACGGGGUGGAAAGUUGAAGUGAAACGCAGACUACUGAACUUUGAGUACGACAAUAUUGAAACACCACGCAGAUGUUGAACAUAGUAACAGUCGAAGUAGAGGACUUCCUGAAAUGGUUUCCUCAACAAAUGCCCUCAACACUACUUGAUUGUGUGUGUUAUUUGCCAGUAAUUUGACUAUUUCGAGUGACAGAUUUUUAAGAUGAAUCUAAAUGAAUUGAUGGCAUUAAGAAAAAAACCUGGGAGGAAUCAUCUCAGGGAACCGGACUAAAAUUUGUUUUUGUGUUCAUUGUUGAAAAUAAGAUUACCGGUAGUCUUAAGCAUGAGCAGCGAGCUCUCGCCGCUGUUUUUUUCCCCACCCCUUAAUUAACAAAUGUUAUUUCAUGUCCAUGUAUUUUGAGCAGAUUGAUGCAAGAAUGUCAACUAUUUAUAUUUUGUCAGACGUUUAUGUAUUGUCUCCCAGAUGUCAUGGUGUCAGGGAGCUAAGUGGACGAUGCAAUCAGAUCAGUUAUUCCUUCCAACUGAAAAAAAAAGGAAGGUCACCAAAUAUGACACGUGGCUGUCAAACCUCAAAUGUGCUGGAUUAAAUGUGCUGUUGUCUCCGAGCAGCAGCGAGCGGUUAGACGAGAUGCCGCUCGGCUUUCUUCGAUGACGUCAAACCUCCACGAUGUAUCACAAAAAAUCCAUUUGGUCGAUUCUGCGCAUGUUAUUAUUGUCAAAGUACACUUGUAAGGCCUCGAUCAUAGUUUGUGAUCUGAUCACUACCAAUUACCUCUGAAUGUUUUGGGGGCUUUUGCACUAAGUGGCGCAACAUUAUCCCAUUGGCCCGGCUUUUCGCCCGUGUGACAGCAGGAUGAAAGUCAUUGUGGUGGACCAGCAGGUUGAUUUUCUUCCUCUUCUCGGUCCAUGUUGCGCGCGAUUAGGAAGUUCUUGCAAGUGCCACAAAGCUGUGUUUAGGAUGCUUCUCGCAGCCUGAGUGCAAGCUGUUUACAAGUGAAUGUGUGAUGUGUUGCUGCUAAUCUGCUUUGAUGGGAUUCCCAGCAAAGUCUUUUUAAAUUUACAAAGCUGAAAUGAAAACAAGCGUGUCAAUCGGUUCCGUUACGGUUUCUUUGAUCAAGAAUCACAUUGGCAAUUGUGUUGUCUUAUUUGUGUUGUUUUGUGUUCGACCAUCGUCUCAAGUGAUUAUGAGGGUCUUUUUCUAAUAAAUUGAAUUUGAAAAUAUGGAUAA